AUGGAUUCAAACGAUUCCGCGGAGGGACCACACAUUAUAUUCAGAGCCGAGAAUGAGGCUGAAGUCUACCGAUCGAGAUGGAUUUGGAGUUUGAGUCAAUUCCGGGAAACUUUCAAUGAAUGGCAGAAUGGGGAAGAGGAUCAGACACAAGAUUGGUGGAUAGCCUCAACGGCUAUUCCGCUUGUGGCCGCAACUACAGCUCCGCUGGCCAAUCUUAUGUCUGUUGUGGCUUUGGUGACUUCGUGGCGAAAUGAGAUUCACCCCAAUCAGCUCGAUAGUAUAGGAAGAACACUUCAAACUGGCAUCAAGGACUCUAGUUGGUGUAUGGGCCUUAAUGCUUCGUCUUUGGUCUUUGGGGUGCUGGGCAAUCUAUUUCUCCUCUUCAAUUUUACGCAAAAAAUGCGGUACAUUUUUGCCUUACCGGCUUCUAUAGGCCUAUGGUUUCUGGCCACCGGGAUACUGGCAGGGAUAAUAGCAUCUGUGCAUAUUUAUMCCCCGCCAGUGCCCCCAGGCGAGCUGUUCUCCCAAGGCUACUGGAGCGCCGUGAUAGCAGCCGUCCUUUACUUUAUAUUAGCCGUAAUGCUAAUGAUCAACAUGCUGGGUUAUGUCCUGGGCCACUAUCCUGAACAUUUCGCCCUUACAGACGAUCAACGAACGCUAAUCUUGCAGACGACUUCCUUCAUGAUUUGGCUUGCCAUUGGCGCCGCUAUGUAUCAGCAGCUAGUAGACAUCAGCUUCUCCGAUGCCUUGUACUUUUCAGAUGUGACAGUGCUCACCUUGGGAUAUGGUGAUAUUACCGCAGGAAAUGACGUGGCGAGAGGAUUGAUUUUCCCAUAUGCAGUUAUUGGGAUCAUUAUUUUGGCUCUCAUUGUUGCGAGUAUCAGUCGAUUCGCGCGAGAGCUCACUAAUGCCAAUGUUGUCAAGGGCCAUCUUCACCGAAGAAGAGUGGAAGUCUUGAAACGGUCUACUACUAUCGAUGAAGAAUAUGAAAGAACCCCUGAAGGUCGGAAACGAAAAUUUCAAGAAGCUGAGAAGCUCGCGGGACGGCGUAGACCGCUACAGAAUAUGGUUUCUAAUUUCGUCAACCCCAAUAGAUCAAGAACAAUAAUCAUGCGCGAGGAAAAGGACCGCUUCAAUGCCAUGAGAGCUAUACAGGAUGAAACUUUAAGGUUUCGCCGCUGGAUGUCCCUCUUUAUGAGUCUCGUCGCUUUCGCCAUUGUCUGGUGCGGAGGAGCGGGCGUCUUCUCGAGACUCGAGAAUAUUACCUACUUCAACGCGCUGUAUUUUGGAUUUUGCUCUUUGCUCACCAUCGGGUAUGGAGAUAUCACACCGCAGAGUAACGGUGGACGACCGUUCUUCAUCGUUUGGUCCCUAAUCGCUAUACCCACAAUGACGAUCCUCAUCUCCAAAAUGAGCGACACGAUCCUUGCCGGCGUCGACAACGCGACAAACUACAUUGCGGAAUUCACGGUACUACCUAAAGAGGGCCGAUAUGUCGAAUUCAUAUCCCAAUUCCCCAAGGUCCGGGAAUGGCUCGAAAGACGAGCUGAAAGAAUACGUAUUGAGCGAGGCUUUACCGUUGGAGAACAGGACCCCGAAAACAUCGAUGAAGCGUCAGGCAAAAAAAAGGCAACUACCGACUAUGAGCGUGCUCACCCUCGUCCUCGAACAAUUGAAGAGCUCGAGAAACACCGCCGAUCGCCGACACGCCUUGCACGGGAUUUGAUAUUCGCCAUUCGCAGAGUCACGCAGGACGUGGUUGCAGGAGACAUCAAACGAUAUACGUACGAAGAAUGGGUCGAGUUUACGCAACUCAUCCGCUUUACCAAUCCAAACACAAAACAACAAGGCCCAGAAGUCAAUAUUGAUGAGAAUGAAUGGGGCCUGAUAGAAUGGGAUUGGAUGGGCGAGAAUAGUCCCAUGAUGGCGGAACAGACGGAAUCUGAAUGGGUUUUGAAUCGUCUGACGGAAAGUUUGUUGCGGUAUAUGGCUCGUAUAGAGUCACAACAAGAUGGGAAGUCUCAAUGGCGGCGUAGUAUAUCCAUUGGUGAUGAGCACUGGGGAAAGGAUGAUGAGGGACGUGCUGAAUCCUCCUCUUCGUCGGACUUGAAGAGUCGUAAGACGGCCAGUGAGCCUGGGAAUAUUUAG